CACCUUAUGCCACCAUAUGGAACUCCGCCACCUCCGUACGUAAUGUAUCCUCCUGGAGGGUUAUAUUCUCAUCCAUCUAUUCCUCCUGGGGCACAUCCUUUUAGCCCUUAUGCUAUGGCUUCUCCGAGCAGCAACAUUGAGGCUUCUGGAACUGCUCCUGGAGUGGACAUUGAUGGUAAGUCAUCUGUAGGUAAGGAAAGAAGUCCCCUGAAAAGAUCCAAAGGAAGUUUAGGUAGUUUAAAUAUGAUUACAGGGAAGAACAACAGCGAGCCAGGUAAAUUAUCAGGGCAACCAGCCAAUGGAGCCUUCUCUCAGAGUGGUGAAAGUGGAAGUGAGAGUUCAAGUGAAGGGAGUGAUGCCAAUUCUCAGAAUGAUUCACAUCCAAAGACAACCGGUGGGCAUGAAUCUCUUGGUGAGGCAUCCCAGAGUGGUUCUCAAAAUGGUGUUACUCGAACUCCAUCACAGGCAAUGCUGAGUCAUCCGAUGUCUAUGGUGCCUAUGCCAGCAACUGCACCAGGGGCAGUUGCUGGUCCUACCACAAACUUAAAUAUAGGGAUGGACUACUGGGGUGCUCCAAGCUCAUCACCUAUACCAAUGCAUGGUAAGAUUCCUGCAACUGCAGUUGGAGGAGCUGCUGUGCCUGGUGCUCCUAGUGAUAUUUGGUUGCAGGAUGAAAGGGAACUUAAAAGGCAGAGACGAAAGCAAUCUAACCGGGAAUCUGCUCGUAGAUCCAGAUUACGUAAGCAGGCAGAGUACGAGGAGCUGGCUCAACGCGCUGAGGCUUUGAGAGAGGAUAAUGCUUCCUUGAGGGCAGAGCUGACCAGGAUCAACAAGGAUUACGAGCAUCUUCUUUCUCAGAACACGUUGCUUAAGGAGAAGCUUGGAGAAGCAAAGCAAGGUACGGAAGACCAAACUCUCGACAGAAAAGAACAACAUUCUGGAGAUGGCCCCAGCAGGAACUUGGAUACCGAGGCGCAAACAGCGGAAACAGAGCAAGUGCGGAGUGGCGUGUAGCACUCACCUGCUUGAGAUUGGAGCCUAACCCUAAACGACCUGGCACGCAGAUUACAUAGUAUGAUUAAUAUCUGAAUAUUAUAGCUGUUGCUGUUGAUUGGAAGUAGGUUGACUUGUGUCAAUAUCGACCACUUUAGCCUUGGUUUUUGUAUUGAGCACUGUCUUGCUUUUAAAUAGUCAUUAAUUGAGCAGAUAUAGGGUGCACAAACCCAAUUUCAUCUGCUGUCAAAGCAUGGCUAGUGACUUCUCACAGUUGCCUAUUAAUAUGCUGUGUAUGGCUAACCUUUGAUUGGAUGUAUUGAUUGAUGAGCAAUCAACUAUUGUUAAUACACUAAUCUCAACUUUUUAUCUCA